CCGGUGCCCAGGCUGGGGAAGAAGGGCAAGUAGCACUGGCAGCGCCCGAAUGAUUGGGUGAGGCGCCAUUACAUCAUUUUCCCCGGGCUGCCUCGCGGAUUUUCUUGCAUCGGGGAGAAAAGUGCGUGCGCGCCAGUUCGUCCGAGCGGGCGGCGCAUCUGGAGCGGAGGGCAGGCUGUGCGCUGCCUCUUCGGCACCCCCCUUCCCCGACGGCCCCAGCCCCCCAGCGCUGGCCAGACUGGGCCCCCAACUCCUUCCCAGCCCCCACGGCCAGAGAAGAGUUUGCAGGCGGGACUCGAGAUGCUCCAGAGAAGGUCCCACCAAGCGGAUCCCGAAGGGCGAGGACUUCUCUGCCGCCUCUGAUCGGCUCUUGCGUCUGGAGUGCGGGGAAAUGCACCACCGGCUUUGAGGACGCCUCGGAUCCGCGACGGGGCGCGUCUGACUCUACAUAUAACCUUCUCAGACACUGCUGAUAAAGAUGGACAACUUCACCAAUGACAGCAUUACUGAAAAUAAUGAGGUCACUACCAAGUAUAAGACUGUGGAAAUGGUCUUCAUAGCCACAGUGACUGGAUCACUCAGCCUUGUCACUGUGGUAGGAAAUAUCUUGGUCAUGCUGUCCAUCAAGGUGAACCGCCAACUCCAGACUGUCAACAACUAUUUCCUCUUUAGCUUGGCUUGUGCUGACCUGAUCAUUGGUGUCUUCUCCAUGAAUCUCUAUACAGUAUAUAUUAUCAAGGGUUAUUGGCCACUUGGGGCUGUAGUGUGUGACCUCUGGCUGGCUUUGGACUAUGUGGUGAGUAAUGCAUCUGUCAUGAACUUACUCAUCAUCAGUUUUGACCGCUAUUUCUGCGUAACCAAGCCACUAACUUACCCAGCUAGGCGGACAACCAAAAUGGCAGGGUUGAUGAUUGCAGUUGCUUGGAUUUUAUCCUUUCUCCUUUGGGCCCCUGCCAUAUUGUUUUGGCAGUUCAUUGUCGGAAAGAGGACAGUUGAAGAAGGUUAUUGCUACAUCCAGUUCCUCUCCAACCCAGCUGUGACAUUUGGCACAGCCAUUGCAGCUUUCUACCUCCCUGUGGUCAUCAUGACUGUACUCUACAUUCAUAUAUCACUGGCAAGCCGGAGCCGUGUGAGAAGACACAAGCCUGAGAGCAAGAAGGAGAAGAGAUCUAAACCAAUUAAUUUUCUAAAGAGCCCUCUGGUCAAGCAGACUAACAACAACUCUCCCAAAAAAGCAACGGAGGUGAAGGAGGAGGUGAAAAAUGGGAAAAUGGAUGAGCAACCCUUGCAGCCAUCAGAGACUACUGGUCAUCAAGAAGAGAAAGAGACCUCCAAUGAAUCCAGCACGGUAAGCAUCACCCAGACCAAUAAAGAGAAGCAGGUGUUGGACGUUUCUACAGCUGAUCAAGGGCAGAGCCCAGCCCACCCACGGGUUAACCCAGCAUCCAAGUGGUCCAAAAUUAAGAUUGUCACUAAGCAAACUGGCACUGAAUGCAUCACUGCCAUUGAGAUUGUACCAGAUAAAGAAGCCAGCUCCACCCCAAUUACCUUGUCCAACAGCCGUCCAGCUAAUGUUGCCAGGAAAUUUGCUAGCAUUGCUAGGAGCCAAGUGAGGAAGAAACGUCAAAUGGCAGCUCGGGAGAAGAAAGUCACCAGAACCAUCUUUGCCAUCUUGCUAGCAUUCAUUCUGACCUGGACGCCGUACAACGUGAUGGUUCUUAUUAAUACCUUCUGUAAUUGUGUCCCUGACACAGUCUGGUCCAUUGGGUACUGGUUGUGCUAUGUCAACAGUACUAUCAACCCAGCUUGCUAUGCUCUUUGCAAUGCCACGUUCAAAAAAACCUUUAAGCACCUUCUCAUGUGUCAGUACAGGAACAUUGGCACAGCGAGGUAAUUUGGAACUGAGGUACUGCUUAGCAGAGCUGUUAUGGAGUCUUAUUCUUUUGUUCUCCAGUUGGAUAUAUGUACUGUUUAACUGUACUGCUGGAUUCCAGAAGUUGUUCAUUCAGUGCCAAGUUAAAAGAGAUAAGGCAUGGCACCUUUGAAUGAUUCUUGGCCUGCAAGCCUUUGCUAAUCAAGAAGUAUCCCUUCCACCUACUUAAGCCUGCCUGUGCUUCUCCAGAAAAUGAACAAGAAGGGAAGUCAGGUGCUGGAUGCUACAAGGUGGACAGACAUGAUCGGUCCUACUCUGUUGAACAUGUGCUAAUCUCUGGAUAAAACCCACGAAAUCCCUUUCUGAUGGCUGUGCCAGUAUGUUAGAUGGACCAUCUCUGUACAAGAAAGCAUGACAUACCUGACAGUUCCUCUUUUCCCUGGAUGCCUUGCGUGUGUGUGUGUGUGUGUGUGUGUGUGUGUGUGUGUGUGUGUGUGUGUGUGUGUGUGUGUGUGUGUGUGUGUGUGUGUGUGUGUGUGUGUG